UCUCGGUAAUAUCGUGUGAUGGGCGGCGGUCGGUAGCGAAGUCACUGUCCCGCCGCGGCCCGGUCCGGUGGGCUGCCACCGGGAGAGCCGGGUCAGCCUCCGCCCAUGCGGAUGUGAGACAAUAGGGCUGGGGCAGAGGGUGAGCUCCCCGCCGGCACGGAGGGCAAGAAGGCAGCAGUUAACCCUCCAUCGUCCGAAGCCCCGCAGCCGUUACCGGGGUCUCUCCUGCUCUGUGCAGCCGGGAAACCUGUCCAUUAUUGAGUGCCUGAUGUCCCCCACCUCCGGGCAGGGGGCGGAAGGGAGGAUGGACCUGCCCAGUGACCCCCACUUCUGAACGAAGGGCGAGAGCCGAUUGUGGAGUUCAGGUGGGAUUAAUCGUUCCAAUCAGACAUGGUGAAGCCUGGAUGCAAUUUCUCUGAGAAACAGCAGGGUACAGACAAUGGGUUUGAUAACAUCCCUUUGAUAACUCCACUUGAUGUAAAUCAACUUCAACAGCCACUCCCUGAGAAGGUGGUAGUGAAGACCAGGACUGAGUAUCAGAUCCAGCAGAAGAAGAAGAGGAACCUGCACAUCCCGGGGAUUAAGAAGCUGAACAUUAAUCUUUAUGAUGAAGUCUCUGAGAAAGUCAAGCUCACAGGAUUGAUCAUCAUCACCAUGGCAUUCCUCGCCUGCCUCUUGAUGCUCGUCAUGUACAAGGCAUUCUGGUACGAUCAGUUAAGCUGCCCCGAAGGUUUCGUAUUUAAGCAUAAACACUGUACCCCUGCUGCUCUGGAGAUGUAUUACUCUGAGCAAGAGGCAGGUCCCCGCGGAAACCUCUACACGGCCAUUAGCCACUUAAGUCAGGCUAAGAGAACCAUUCCCGAUCUCUCAUCACCAUGGCUACCGGGCAUUCCUGCCUUGAAAGGAGCAGCAUCGUCAAACGAGGAGCCUAACAAACCUCAGCAAUAGAAGAUUCAAGAAGAAAAAUAAAUUCAUCUCAUUGGUUAUUGAAAUACUCAAGCAUUAUAUAAAUGUCCUGACCAGGACAAGUCUUUCUCUUAGGGGUGUGUGCGCGCGCGCGUGUGUGUGUACAUAUUCAUAUGUGAGGGCCUAUCUCUGCGACUGUACAAUAGAGAUGUAAACACACGUGCAUAGUGUGUGUGGUAAUUUGUUCUGUUUGUGCAAUAAUGUGUGUAUGAAAGAGAGCUCAUCUAUGUCUAAGAUUGUGUGUGUAUACGUGUGUGAGAGUGUAUGUUUGUGUAGGUAUGAGUGUGAGAGAGAAAGGGAGGGUAUUUGUGUAUCUAUGUGUAUUUUUGUUGACUUGGGUCUAUGUGUGAGAGAGAGAGAGAGAGAUAUGGGAGACAACCACAAUCAAAUCGCAUUAUAUAAUCAAAUUUAGUUGGUUUGUCCAAGCUGCUGUUGUGGUUAAAGUGAAGGUUAAUUUGUUCAUACCUGACCAAUCAAAUCCAACUCUCAGUAGGUAACAAAACAAAAGGGCAGUACUGUUAAACCAUUUUCUUGUAAAUUGGCUUCAGGGACCAGGUCUGAAAAAGGCCCGUGAAACUGAGCACAUUUCCCCCAUUGUGGCUAUGCUAGCUGUUUCUAACACUCUAACAUAUCUGUGUAAUGAUUGUUUGACCUGACUAAUUUCCAAUGCUCUUUGGUUACUUCCCCCUAAGUCCCAGCUUUAUUAUUGUACGGCAAAACUCAAUGGCCAAAGGUUUGUUCUCCCUUUGGAGCCCACUGUCAAAGAAUGAGCCAGUGUCUGAAAUAAACAUCCAGAGGUUGAAAGAGAAUCAUCCAAUGAUUCAUAGAUGAGCCCCAAAUAAAAAGCUUUCAGUCAACCAGCCAGAUCCCUGGUGGCCUUGCCCUAGUAAUUGAGCUAAGCACAGACAGUACGGCUGCAAGGUGAGAGAGAAUGAGCUGAGGCAGCAUCUGUGGAACGGGAUACAGAGCCGACGUUUUGUGUCGUGAUCCUUCAUUAGUCCUGAGAUGUCAAGACUUAAUCUUAAGAUAAAGAGUUACCUCUUUUGUAAGCAAACUAAACAACACACACAAAAUGCUGGAGAAACUCAGCAGGUCAGGCAGCAUCUAUGGAAAGGAAUUAACAGUCAAUAUUUUGGGCUGAGACCCUUCAUCAGGAUUGGAAAGGAAGCAUCUAUGGAAAUGAAUAAACAGUCGACGUUUCAGACCAAGCCCUUCAUCAGGGAUGAUGAAAGGUCUUGGCCCAAAAUGUGGACUGUUUAUUCCUCUCCAUUGAUGCUGCUGAGUUCCUCCUGAAUUUUUUCAUGUUGCUCUGGACUUGUCUUUAUUACCCUAUUCCUUCAUUGAAAUAAUUGAUGUUAUUUGUUUUAUUUUCUCUUCUAGUUUUCCCACUGAAUGAGCUAAUGUCCCUUGGUAAAUGGUCUGUGGUUUGUGGCUGGAUCACCACAUAGGGAUUAACAUUUUGGCCCAAAGUCAGAAUCCCAGUGAGUUACUAACCGUGCCUUUGUUAUGUCAGCCAAUCAGCAGCAAUUAAAGAUAUUGAUUUGCAGUAAUAACGGGAUUUAAUUUGUUAUUUACCAUUUAAAAGCAAUUUUGUUCUUCAUUAAUUUCAAGUUCCAUUUCCUUGAGUCUCAGCAGGAACUAGGACCUGACAUCAUUUAGAAACAUAGAAACAUAGAAAAUAGGUGCAGGAGUAGGCCAUUCCGCCCUUCGAGCCUCACCGCCAUUCAGUAUGAUCAUGGCUGAUCAUCCAACUCAGAACCCUGUACCUGCUUUCUCUCCAUACCCCCGACCCCUUUAGCCACAAGGGCCAUAUCUAACUUCCUCUUAAAUAUAGCCAAUGAACCGGCCUCAACUGUUUCCUGUGGCAGAGAAUUCCACAGAUUCACCACUCUCUGUGUGAAGAAGUUUUUCCUCAUCUCGGUCCUAAAAGGCUUCCCCUUUAUCCUUAAACAGUGACCCCUCGUUCUGGACUUCCCCAACAUCGGAAACAAUCUUCCUGCAUCUAGCCUGUCCAAUCCCUUUAGAAUUUUAUACGUUUCAAUAAGAUCCCCCCUCAAUCUUUUAAAUUCCAGUGAGUAUAAGCCUAAUCGAUCCAGUCUUUAUUCAUAUGAAAGUCCUGCCAUCCCAGGAAUCAAUCUGGUGAACCUUCUUUGUACUUCCUCUAUGGCAAGAAUGUCUUUCCUCAGAUUAGGGGACAAAAACUGCACACAAUAUUCUAGGUGUGGUCUCACCAAGGCCUUGUACAACUGCAGUAGAACCUCCCUGCUCCUGUACUCAAAUCCUUUUGCUAUGAAUGCCAACAUACCAUUUGUCUUUUUCACCGCCUGCUGUACCUGCAUGCCCACCUUCAAUGACUGGUUUACAAUGAUACCCAGAUCUCGUUGCAUCUCCCCUUUUCCUAAUCGGCCACCGUUCAGAUAAUAAUCUGUUUUCCUGUUCUUUCAACCAAAGUAGAUAACCUCACAUUUAUCCACAUUAAAUUGCAUCUGCCAUGAAUUUGCCCACUCACCUAACCUAUCCAAGUCACCCUGCAUCCUCUUAGCAUCCUCCUCACAGCUAACACUGCCGCCCAGCUUCGUGUCAUCCGCAAACUUGGAGAUGCUGCAUUUAAUUCCCUCGUCUAAAUCAUUAAUAUAUAUUUUAAACAACUGGGGUCCCAGCACCAAGCCUUGCGGUACCCCACUAGUCACUGCCUGCCAUUCUGAAAAGGGCCCGUUUACUCCCACUCUUUGCUUCCUGCCUGCCAACCAAUUCUCUAUCCACAUCAAUACCAUACCCCCAAUACCGUGUGCUUUAAGUUUGCACACUAAUCUCCUGUGUGGGACCUUUUGUCAAAAAGCCUUGAAAAUCUAAAUACACCACAUCCACUGGCUCUCCCCUAUCCACUCUACUAGUUACAUCUUCAAAAAAUUCUAUAAGAUUCAUCAGACAUGAUCUUCCUUUCACAAAUCCAUGCUGACUUUGUCCGAUGAUUUCAUCUCUUUCCAAGUGUGCUGUUAUCACAAAUGUUAUCACAUUUAGAUAAUUUGAUAAUUCUUCUCUUCCAAAUUCCUUGCCUUUAAAUUGGAAUCUGUUGGGAGUGAGGAAUGAUGGAGGAAGUUUGGGUUUCUGAACACCUUCAAGAUCAGAAGACCUGCACACAGUGGAAAUGGGAAAUAAAAUCAAGCUUCAGAAAGGUGGCAGGUCAACAGUGUCUGUGGAGAAGGGAACAGAUAUUACUCUCAAGGAUGCCUGUUCUCAAUACCAGGAAAGGGAAUGAACACAGGUUAAUUUUACAUUGCAGAGAUUGGGGAGAGAUGAGUGGGUCAAUCAGACUUGCUCUGGUCAGGGAGCUCAUGGUUGUGGGGAUCAGGCAUCUGGUUGAUAAAGUCAAUGAGGUUGUUUGGGGGUUAGAAACAACAAGUGAACACACAAAAGUUGUGAAGUGCACAUUUGGGCUGUGGGACACACUCCUGUCCUUAAUCCACAGACAUGGCCUACAAUGUUGAGUGUUUCUGUAUUUUCUUUAAUUCCCUGUGAAUCUGGUCACUGUUAUUGCCUUCCAUGUGUAUGUGGAAAUUGAAGGGAUGUAUUCCUCAUUCUUGGCUGGAGCAUCUGUGUUACCUGCCUGUAUGUUUCUACAGAGACAGCGAAGUCCACGACAUGACCACUUCUAUUCCAUGGCUUUGCAUUCUUCCUUCAAUGUUUCCACUGCAUAGCUUUCAGUAAUGGCCUCUCUUGAGCCAUACCUAGGGUGAGUACAGAUAUCCUGGACCUCAAUAGGCAUCAGCUGUGCUAACUUUCACACAAAUGAGUAGGCAUUCCACCUUUCAGAUGUUGUACAGGUGAGCUGGUGAAUUCUUUUGUAGAUGGUUGAUAUGGUCCAUGUGAACAUGUCUACAAUGGAUAACUGUUCUCACAGUAGAUUCAUGAAGGCUAUAUACAAUGGAGUUAAUUCCAUCAUGUGGAAAUCUCCCGAAGAACAGUGCCUCUGCUACAAAAGAGAAAAGUAAAGGACAUUGUUGUGUACAGCAGGUUUAGGAAAAGAGGUGAAAGUAAGGUACCAUCCAAAGAAACACAAUUAUAUGCUAUAGCAUAGAGAGACAUCCCUGACCCUGAUUAUAGCCUUCACAUUCCCAAGUAAUUAGAUUCAAUGAAGUUGGGUCAAUCGACCACAUCACUUGGAACUGCACUGAGCAUAGAUUCUUGAAUUCAACACCAGUUCUUGCAAGGGUGUGCAUGUUGGAAUCUCCCAGCACUGCACUCUGCCUAGUCUUUUAAAGCUGACUUUCCAUGGGUCCACUGACAUGGACAGUACCGGCUGGGUGGUGUUGGGGAUCACCAAAGACCAGCAGACUGCAUUGUGUUGGUAGCUUAGAAAACAGAACCCCAUACCUCUCCAUCCCUCCAGCAGCUGCUUUGCAGAUACAACAUAGAACAGUACAGGCCUUUCAACCCACAGUAUUGUGCCAUUCUUUUAAUCUCCUCUAAGACCAAUCUAACCCUUCCCUCCCACAUAGAAACAUAGAAAACCUUCAGCACAAUACAGGCCCUUAGGCCCACAAAGCUGUGCCAAACAUAAACUUACUUUAGAAAUUUCCUAGGGUUACCCAUAGCCCUCUAUUUUUCUAAGCUCCAUGUAACUAUCCAGGAUUCUCUUAAAAGACCCUAUCGUAUCCACCUCCACCACCAUCACCGGCAGCCCAUUCAACGCACUCACCACUCUCUGCGCAAAUGACUUACCCCUGACAUAGCUCUCCAUUUUUCUAUCAUCUGUGUGCCUAUUUAAGAGUUCCCUAAAUGUCCCUAAUGUAUCUGCCUCUUCCAGCACACCUGACCCACAUACCCACCAUGUGUGUGUAAAAUAAAUAAAUAAAUAAAUAAAUAAAUAAAUUACCUCUGACAUCCCCAUAAACUUUCCUCCAAUCACCUUAAAGUAUGCUCUCUCCUAUUAGCCAUUUCUGCCCCGGGUAAAUGUCUGUGACUGUUAACUAUCUAUGUCUCUUAUCAUCCUGUACGCCUCUGUCACAUCACAUCUCAAGACAGGCUGGGGAUUAAACCUGGACAGAUUUAAGGAGCAUGCAGUCUGGAGAAAUGGCCAGGGCCGCAUCAUGACAUGAACAUCAGGUCGAGCUGCUGUGGAACGGAAACAUUUCAGUCUCUCUGUAGACUUCACUUGCAAGGAGCCAUACAAGAACCGACAGGAUUUUAAUUAAGUUGCCUUGGUUUGUCUAAAACUCUAAUGAGGUUUUGCUUCUAAUCAGUAUAAUGAAUGUUGUAAUACUGUUGUGGUACCUCUAUCAGCAUUUGUUCUUAGUACCAGCAAUGUUCACAGUGUGACACUGUUAAUUUAGCAACACUUUGUAUGUAUUUAUAGAUCUUGUGACUUUCACAUUGCUGCCAGCACAUUGGAGUGUUUAAAGUGCCAAAUGGAGAUAGUGAUUACCUGCUUUGAAACCAGUAAAAUAAAUCGACAGUUUUCUCUUCA